AUGGCACCUGUUCUCUUCAAAGUCAAAAUCCAUUCGGACACGAUUUGUCCCUGGGUACAUUUAUCCUUGACCAUUUACACACACCAAAGCGCUAACAGCAGCCAAACCAUCAGUNGCUACAUCGGUCUCAAAACAUUAGAACAAGCGAUAUCUCUCUACCAACGCACCUAUCCCAAUGGCUCAAAAGACAAUUUUCGCAUAACCUGGUCACCCUACUACCUGGACCAAUCUGCACCUACUCCAGGCAUUCUUGCCUCAACCCGCAUAGCCCAGAAAAACGGCAUCGAGCGUGCAGAAGGAAUUACGAUGAGAUUGAAACGUGUAGGCAAAGCUUACGGUAUCGAUUUCACUUUCGCUGGCAAGGUCGGCAAUACCAGAGAUUCGCACAGGCUCAUGUACCUUGCGGUUCUAAAGGGCGAAGAAGUGCAGAUGGCACUUGCAAAGGAGUUGUUCAGGGUUCACUUCGAGGGCGAUGCUGAUGUGAGUUCUCACGAUGAUUUGAUUGAGGCCGGUAUUGCUGUUGGUCUUGCGCGCAAUGAGGUAAUGGAGUGGUUGCAAAGCGAUAACGGUAAAGUUGAAGUUGAUGAGGAGGCACAGCGAGCCAAAGACUCUGGAGUCAACUCGGUGCCGACUUUUGAGAUUAACGGUAGAAGACUUGAAGGUGCGGAGGAUCCUUCAGCCUUCUAUGAGUUGUUCGCGAGUAUUAAAGCCGCUGAUUUAUAG